GAUCGGCCAGUGCACAUGUCGUUGGUGCUAUAUCCUCGUGGCUCGUGGAAAGCACAAGCUUAUUUUUACUGUACUCUAUCUCUCUCUCUCUCCCUCUCUCUAGAGUUUGAGCAUUGGCUUUGCAUAUUUUCGCAGAAUCUCCAUUGCCAAGCAAUGGAUCAAUGGAAAACAGAUGAUUUCUCUCGAACCCUAAAUCCCAAUUCAAUCCCCACAAACAACACUAUCAAUCGAUUCCCCAAUUCGCAUCAUCUCGAACCAAGGCAAAGGCCCGAAGUGGAAGUAAAAGAUUCAACUGCUGCAAGAAGAGUUCAAAAGGCAGACCGAGAAAAAUUGAGGAGGGAUAAGCUAAAUGAACACUUUCUAGAAUUGGGAAAAGCACUUGACCCAGAUAGACCCAAGAAUGACAAGGCAACCAUCCUUACUGAUACAGUCCAAUUGCUGAAGGAUCUGACUGCUGAAGUCAACAGACUGAAAACUGAGUGUAAAGCACUUUCUGAGGAAUCGCGUGAGCUGACACAGGAGAAGAACGAGCUUAGAGAGGAGAAGACAGCUCUAAAAUCUGAUAUCAACAAUCUCAAUGUACAAUAUCAGCAAAGACACAGGGUUAUGUUUCCGUGGGGUGGUAUUGAUCCUUCAGUUGUCAUGGCACCGUCUUAUUCGUAUCCAGUCCCUCUCUCUGUUCCUCCAGGUCCAGUUCCUAUGCACCCAUCUCUGCAGCCAUUCCCUUUCUUUGGAAAUCAGAAUCCUGGUGCCAUUCCUAACCCCUGUACAACUUUCAUCCCAUAUCCGACUUCUGCUAAUCCCCACACGGAACAGCCAUCUAGACAAUAUGCACCCACUUCUCACGUUACAAGCAAACAAGAUUCGAAAAUCAAGUCAUUGGGUUGUAGUAGGGACAGUAACGAUGAAAUAAGUGAUGAUAUUAACAAUGUGGCGACACAGCUGGAACUCAAAACACCAGGAUCUAGAGCACAGCAGGUUUUUGCAGGACUCGUCACCAGGAGAAAAGAAGGGCAAGCAACCACAUAGGAAAGAGAAAAAUAUUACAGAUGGCAGCUCUUCGAGCAGGUAUUCAUCCUCUCAAGGUUUUCAGGAUCGCGCAUCCAACAGUGUGGAUAACACAUUGAAGUUCAAUAAAUGAGAAGCUUCUGGUUGCUCGUGAUAUCUGACUGCCUCCAUAUGCUAACGUCUCUAUGGUAGCAUCUGUUUGCUAUGAUACAGUACUAACUUUGAGCUUCGGCUCACCAAAGCUAUGGUCUCUCCAAAGUCGACUUGAGGGGAAGAAUGAAAACAAUGGUCGUCCUUGUGCAGCUGUGCUGAUGAAGGUCGAGGAGAAGUAUUGAUUGCUGCCGCAGCCUCCUGGAGGGCCAGGCAGAGGCUGGUUGGACUCUACCAUUCAAUUCUGUCUAGAUAAUCUAUGAUAAUUUUAAGUUUAAAACAUGAAAGUGCAACUUUGAAAUCGAAGUUGUAACAGUUGCAAGUUGGAAUAACAGUUGCAAGUUGGAAUAGAAUAGUUUUGGGUGAAAUCUAUCUUCCUGUAAAUCGCUUGUAGCUCUGUGCACCUCUGUACCUAUGAAUUGCAUGACUUCAUUGAACAGUCACUGUGGACACGGAUUGGGGUGAAUAUUUUUUUUUUUUUUACCCCCUUAGCAAUCAGACACUCAUUUCUUCC